AUGAAGACUGCAUUACGUAUUAAGAGCUCAGAAGGAGAUAUAUGGGAAGUGGAACACAGCGUCGCAUUACAAAUGGGUGCAUACAAUCGUCUUAUAAACGACAACGUAUUAGACUUGCCAAAUGUAAACCGUGAUAUUCUAUUGAAGGUUAUCGAAUACUGCAAAAUGCAUGCCGGAGAUUGCCAUCCAGAUGGACACAAGAUUUGGGAUCAAGAUUUCGUCAAGAAUGUUAGUGUGGAUACACUUUUUGAUUUGAUUAAGGCUGCUAAUGAUAUGGAUAUUAGGUCUUUGAUUGAUUUGACUUGCCAAACUAUGGCUGACUACAUCAAAUUUAUGGACGUGGAAAAGGUUAGAGAAAUGUUUUGGGAAGUUAAUGAUUUUACACCUCAAGAAGAAGAGAAACUCAGAAAACAACAUCGUUGGGCUUUCGACUUUCAGUGA